UGGUAUUGAUUGCUAUCUUUUGAGCUGUCAAGUCUCAAGUGACAUGUUUGGUUUAUUUUUUAUCUGAUCUCAUAAUUUUUUUUGUAAUAAUAGGCCUUUCGCAGUUCUUAUCAGCACAUUACAAUAAUUCAAUAAUGUUUAUACACGCAAUGAUAAUUUUAGGUGAAUGAAUAAUCAUGUACAGCGCCGUUAGAUCGUCCAAGUCUGAUGCUUCGGAUACUUUUAUACGGCAAGGCUCAAUUAGAAAAGUCAUAUCCAUCGAACCUAAAGAGAAUUUAUUUGGGCGUCAAAAUGAGGACCUCAAUAAAUUAUAUAAAAACUUUCAUCAGGAAUAUAUCAUAUUGGCUGAAUACAAAAUGAUUCAAAGCGAAAAUAUUCAAGGUGUCUACGUAAUUCCGUCCAGAGAAAAUCCUUUCAUAUGGUUUGGUGUUGUUUUUAUCCGAAGUGGUCCUUACGAAGACGGUGUUUUUCGUUUUAAUAUAGUUCUAGACGAGAAUUUCCCUGAUAGUGAACAUCCUAAAGUCGUGUUUUUGUCAGAAAUGUUCCAUCCUGUAGUACAUCCAGACACUAACGAAGUACACCUUUUGAAGGCGUUCCCCACUUGGAACAAAGCAGACCAACAUAUCUGGCAAGUGUUAAAAUAUAUCCAUUGGAUAUUUUACAACGUGGGCCCUAGCAUUGCCCAUGCUGUCAAUCAAGAAGCUGCCGAUUUAUUUGCCAACAACCAAGAAGCCUUUAAGAACAAAGUGAAGGAGAUUGUCAAAUCCAGCCAGGAGAAAAUUUAUGAUGAGCCCCCAGUCGAGGACAAACACUAUCUAAUAUUUGAACCUUACAACCCUGAGGUGCACGAUCCGGCUAAAAGCACAAUGCUUGCCCAGAAUAGUGAAGAGGGGGUUAAGUAUGGAUACUCUUGGGUGCUUCCUGGGAGCUUUAAACCAUUAGGGCGACCCCCAUCGCCGGAUUCGGAAAGCGAGUCAUGACUGCUGCUUUUUGUUUUAUUUUACGCUUAUUAGUACAAGUUUUUUUACUUUUUAGUGCUACGCAAUUUUCACAUGACACCAACUGUAUAACAGAGUUGUAAAUACGAAGUGCAAGGUGCAAUAAGAACAAAAUUUUUAUUGAAAUUAUUUAUACAAAGUUUUAAUUAUCACGAGUAUUUUAAUAAAACAAAAGGAUUACUA